UGUGUUGUAAAGAUCUUUGGCUGAGAUGGAUGACAAAGAUAUUAACAAAGAACUGAGGCAGAAAUUAAGCUUUUUCCACUGCGAAGAACAGACUGAGGAUGAAGAGCGGAAGAAAGCACAGGAGGGUGGGGAAGCCCAGAGCCAAACCCCAGAGAAGUGUGAAGCUCAGGAUUCAGAGGCAAAGUUUACACUGUCCAGGACUCCCCUUGGUAACAUACGUGAACUCGACACAUCUCAGGAAGAAGACAAAGGAAGUCCAGAUCAGAUUUUGAGGACUCCAGUGUCAGAUCCUCUCAAACGCCCUGAGACACCAGAACAACCAGGCAGCAGCAGCGAGCAGGUGCACGGUGACGGCCCCUGUACUCCCAAAAGCUGGCCAAGCCAACUGGUGACUUCUUCAACAGGGAAGAUCCCCUCCCGAGGAUCUAAGCAUUUGAGGCUCACACCUGUUUCCCUCAUGAGUGAGACCUCAUCAACUCUGGUCAAUAUUAAUCCCUUUACCCCAGAGUCCUAUAGAAAAUUACUCUUUCAAUCCAGUGGCAAGAGGAAAACCCGGGGAGAUCUUGAGGAAGCUGGUCCAGAGGAAGGCAAGGUGGGACAGGGUCUGCCUGCCAAGAGAUGUGUUCUCCGAGAAACCAACAUGGCUUCCCGCUAUAAAAAAGAAUUCUUGGAAUUAGAAAAAAUUGGGGUUGGGGAAUUUGGUACAGUCUACAAGUGCAUUAAGAGGCUGGAUGGAUGUGUUUAUGCAAUAAAGCGCUCUACAAAACCUUUUGCAGCAUUAUCAAAUGAAAAUGUGGCUUUGCAUGAAGUUUAUGCUCAUGCAGUGCUUGGGCAUCACCCCCACGUGGUACGUUACUACUCUGCAUGGGCAGAAGAUGACUACAUGAUCAUUCAGAAUGAAUACUGCAAUGGUGGGAGCUUGCAAGCUGCUAUCUCUGAAAACAUUAAGUCUGGUAAUCAUUUCCAGGAGCCAAAACUCAAGGACAUCCUUCUACAGAUUUCUCUUGGACUCAAGUACAUCCACAACUCAGGCAUGGUGCACCUGGACAUCAAACCUAGUAACAUCUUCAUUUGUUACAAGAUACAAAGUGAUUCUCCUGGAGUCCCAGAAGAGGUUGAAAAUGAAGCUGACUGGUUUCUCUCUGCCAAUGUGAUGUAUAAAAUUGGUGACUUGGGCCAUGUGACAUCAAUAACUAAACCUAAAGUGGAAGAAGGAGAUAUUCGCUUCCUGGCUAAUGAAAUUUUGCAAGAGGAUUACCAGCACCUUCCCAAAGCAGACAUAUUUGCCUUGGGAUUAACGAUUGCAGUGGCUGCAGGAGCAGAGUCGUUACCCGCCAAUGGUGCUGCGUGGCAUCACAUCCGUGAGGGGAAAGUUGUACUACUCCCAAUACUAUGGGGGCCUAAUGACUGCCAUCAUUCAGUACCAGCUACAGGCACCCAUCACAGAGACAGGGCAGAUGGCAUUUUGAAAUCGUCUAGACCAGCGGUUGGCAACCUUGUUAUGGAACUGAGAAAAGCCCAGCAGGCCCAGUCCCCACAGGAAGACACCCAGGAUGGUGACUCUGGGGUCUCUGGGGCCCACAUGGGAUCGAGAAGCACAAAAUGCCUGGUGGGAAGAAAGAGUGUGAAGUCUUCAAGCUUUACCUGUGGGAAAUUUUCCCCAUAAGAAAUCAUUGCACACCAUUUAGCCUUUUACCGUAUGGCCCCUAGAAAUAAAUAUUAACCGUCCCAGCCUUUCUUUCAUAAAAUGAAAACAUUAACCUACUUGAAUGCCCAAAUAUUUCAAAAGCCACUCCUAAUUUAGCAUUUACAGCCAAGAUCCAAAAGCUGCUAAGGCGUCCUAUUAGUGAUGGUGCUAGGUACAGUAGUUGGCAGCCAUUUCUCUUCUCCAUUGUUUUCCUAAUGCCACCUAUCAACAACUUAUUUACUUAUAUUUUUUGGUGAAUAAUGGGAAAGCAUGGGCCUCUGAGUUGAAAGAAGAAAAGAAAGUGGCCCUUGGUUCGGCCUGAAGACCAGGAGGUUGCUUUUGCUGACUCCCCACCAAGGAUCCCCAGGACUCUCACUGUACAUAGAAAGGAAUAAACUUUGGUUUUGAGGUGAAGUAACAUCUUAUAAGAAAAUGUGCCUGAAUUUCAACAGUGCUUGCCAGGUUAUAUGAUGCUAUUUCUAAAAAUUCCCAGGUCUUUUGAGCAACUGUUUUUCCUAUUUUAUUUUCUAGAUGGUGGUAAUCCCUUUCUCCGAUAGUGUAUUUAUUAAGUAGAUGGCUUCACCAUUAUGUGAGGUGGGUAGAAAUAACACUAUAUAUAACCUGGACAUUUCUGGGAUGGUUAUUAACUUGUGGCAUAAAAACACCGGAGGUAGAGGGUUCCAGGAAAAUUUGAUGUGGCCGUUCUCUCUGUCUAUUUGCCCUGACCCUCUUGUGGCUGUUGUGAUUGGUUUGAUAUAAGGAUAUCAUCAAUUUCUGGAUUUUAUCAGAAUAUGGCUUUGUCUCCUAUUAUUUUAUCAUAUUUUAUCCAACACCUUUUUCUGUAUAUAUUUUUAAAGGAAUAGAAUGUUUGUAAAUAAAGGUUUUUAUCUUGUCCAAAGCCAAA